GGCUCCCCGUGCCGGGCCGGGGCUGCCCGUGCCAGGCCGGGGCUCCCCGCCCUCCCCGGGGGAGGCGGCGCAGCCCGCAUCCUCCUGCGGGAGCGGGGCCGCGGCAGCGCCGGCAGGAGGAAGCGGCAUUCUCCUCCCCGCUCCUCUCCCCUCCUCUCCGCUUCUCUCCUCUCCUCCUUUCUGCUCAACCCCUUCGUCCCUCCUCCUCCCUGCCGGUGCUGGCGGCGGCUCCUCCUCCCGCGUGUGACCCGGUGCCGCGUGUGAGCGGGGAGGAGGGACCGCGCGGCGCGGGUCCCACUGUGGCGGCGGCAGGAGGAGGAGCGGGAGCCGGCGUGCGGUGUCUCCCCGCAGCCUCAUCGCUGGGCCCCGCCGGCGCUCCCCAUGCCCGUGUGGUGCUGCCGCUGCUCCCUGGCCGGUCACUUCAGAACUUACAGCGGCACUGAAACCGAAGGACAGCUUUUGAAUUCCUUUGUUCAGUACUUUGGUGACAGCCUUGGGAGGAAGAUUAAAAGAAUGCCUUUAAUUGAAGAAACUGUUCUGCCUGGGGACUCCCUUCUUACUCUGCCUGUAGUAAUAAUAGGAAAUGGGCCUUCAGGAAUUUGCCUUUCUUACCUGCUCUCUGGAUACAGGCCAUAUUUGUCUCCUGAAGCUAUACAUCCAAACCCCAUCCUACAUACAAAAUUAGAGGAAGCUCGACAUCUUUCCAUUGUUGAUCAAGAUCUGGAGUACCUGUCAGAAGGCCUGGAAGGACGCUCCUCAAACCCAGUUGCAGUGCUUUUUGAUACGUUGCUUCACCCUGAUGCUGACUUUGGCUAUGACUACCCGCCUGUUCUGCACUGGAAGUUGGAACAACAUAAUUAUAUUCCCCACAUAGUGCUUGGGAAAGGACCACCUGGUGGGGCUUGGCAUUCCAUGGAGGGCUCUAUGUUAACCAUCAGUUUUGGAGACUGGAUGGAAUUGCCUGGCCUCAGCUUUAAGGAGUGGGCAGCUAGCAAACGCAGAAAUAUAAAGAGUGAUCGAGUAAUGCCAGAGGAAAUAGCUUGUUAUUAUAAACACUAUGUUAAAGUCAUGGGUCUCCAAAAGAAUUUCAGAGACAAUGUUUACAUAACAUCAGUAUCCAGGCUUUACCGAGAAAAGGAUGAUGAAGGUAGAAGUCAUCAAAAUGAAGAUAUUACAGCACAGCAUUCAGAAAUGGAAGAUGGACAGAAAUCACUUAUUAAGAGAAACUGGGAAGUCAGAGGUUAUCAACGAGCAACAGAUGGCUCUCAUGUGCCCUUCUGCCUCUUUGCUGAGAAUGUGGCUCUUGCAACUGGAACCUUUGAUUCUCCUGGCCGACUGCAAGUUGAAGGAGAAGACUUUCCUUUUGUCCUCCAUUCCAUGUCUGACUUUGGAGCUGCAAUCAGCAAAGGAAAGUUACGUGGGAAGGCAGACCCUGUGUUGAUUGUGGGUGCUGGACUAACAGCAGCUGAUGCAGUACUAUGUGCCUAUAACAACAACAUCCCAGUAGUCCAUGUGUUUCGUAGAAGAGUUACUGAUACAAGCCUAAUUUUCAAACAGUUACCUAAAAAGCUUUACCCUGAAUACCAUAAGGUCUAUCAUAUGAUGUGUACUCAGUCUCAUACCGUGGACUCUAAUCAACAUUCUGCUUACACUAGUUUCCCUGAACACAAUGUACUUUCCUUCAAGCCUGAGAUGAAAUGUGUUCUUCAGAGUGCCUCUGGACUGAAGAAAAUUUUGAAGUUUUCUGUAGCCUUAGUUCUGAUAGGUUCUCAUCCAAAUCUUUUCUUUUUAAAGGACCAAGGGCAUAGCAUAGGUCAUCACUCUAAUCAGCCCAUCACAUGCAAGGGGAAUCCUAUAGAGAUUGAUCCAUACACUUACGAAUGCACUAAAGAAGCCAACCUCUUUGCUUUAGGGCCUCUGGUAGGAGACAACUUUGUACGGUUUUUAAAAGGAGGUGCGCUGGGCAUUGCACGAUGCUUGGCAAUAAGACAAAAGAAGAAACAUGAAUUGAUUGAAAGUGGGGAUGGAGGAGGUGAUGGGGUACCAUAAACGAGACAUUAGAAACUCUCACGUCCGGGAUUACAGAUGUAGUCUUAACAGAAAACUCACUGGCAGCAAAAGUUGAUAGCAGUCACAUUUCUGUUGUGUACAAGUAAUCUGCGCUUGUAUUGCUUGGUAAAGGAUGCUGAUAUUAUGAUACUUCACUCUUUAAAAACACAAAAUAUUGAUCUGCUAUUUCAACUGAUCUCAACUGGAAUUACUUCCAGAUAAACAGAAAAUGAGACUAACUUAUCUUGGCCUGCCUGUCUGUCAUCUCUUGCUCAACUACAAGAGCAGACUUCGUCUGUGAAAGGCAAUGCCUACCAGAGUGGUUUUUCGUUUGAGUGUCAAAUGCGACAAGAAUACUCUUACCAUGAAAUUGAAAUAACUUCUAAAAGCAGAAAGCUUGUUUAGUACAAAGUGAUUCUUUGUCCCAAAGCAAAUUUGGAGCCUUCUGCUUGAAAUAAGAAUUUUAUUUAUUUGCCACAGUAAUACUUGGAGUGAGCACUUAGUGAAAUGGUUUCUACUAUAAGAAGGACUUCUGUAAGCAAGAAGUAUUCCUCAACAGUUUUAAAUUAUCCUGGUAAUUGGAAUAAAAGAAUAAGCAUUCCCAUUUAAUCUUUAACGAUUUGACACAAUCCAUUAAUGUUUCUUCACACUAUGCCUAGACUUGGGUGAGUGCACAAAGACUAACAUGAGAUGUUCCCCUACAGUGAUAUGUACAUUUCUGAGAAAAUGCAUUAACAUAAACAAUAAAGUACUGAUGUAAGUGCUCUUA